AUGGCGGUGGAUAUGCCGCGUUCCUGGGCGAACAGAGACCAAAAGAAGCAGAGACGGGAAGAACGUGAAGGACGGCACCGGGGAUGGGUACACCUUGAAAUUCGCGGGCAAACAGAACUAUUCCUGAUCGUGUCUAUCCUGUUGCUUUCGAUUCUCUUCGACUCGAAAGUCAGCGGCAAUGGCCACGCGCAUUCUUUCCAACAUUUUCACGGGCCAGUGACGGGCGAAGGACAAGAGGUGUCGUGGAAGGACAAGCAUGGACACCAUGAUCACGAUUACGUCGCUCAUCCUCACUACGAGUUCUCCUACGGCGUCGAGGAUCACCAUACCGGCGACUAUCACGGCCAAAAGGAGCACAGAGACGGUAAAGAAGUGGUGGGUGAAUACACGGUGAAAGAACCCGGUGGCAACGUCAGGACGGUCAAGUAUCACGCUGGAAAGCACGGAUUCUUUGCUCACGUCCAUAACAGCGACGGAAACGACCACAGCGGAGGACACCACCAUUAA